GGCAACUAUGCAUUUUAUUUUCUAUUUUUAAAUUUUACAUUAGCAACAUCGUUGCAGACGUAUUUGUGCAAUUCAUAAACAAUUACAUAAUACCCUAAAAGAAAUCAUGGCGUUACCUGAGGGAUUGGCUGGCAAAAUGAAAACUUUCCAGGCUGUGAAUGAUCUGCCCGUUUUUCUGAAAGGAGGUCCAGCUGAUAAGGCCCUAUUUGGCAUUACUGCAGCGCUCUGUGGCAUUGGUUUAGUGAGCAUCGUUCAUAUGGUCUACACAAUGGGCUUUGCCAAAAAGAAGGCAUAAAUGUUGACUCUUUAGUUUAAUAACACUUUCUGAAUCACAUUCAGAUAAUGCAAUAAAAGUAAUCAAACAAGUA